GAGAAGUGCCCGCCUGAAAAAUGCUUCCUGCCGGGUAGGGCAGCAGCCCAGGAAGCACUUAGUGGUAGCGGCCUUCGUGCCGUCCGAGUUGUGCUAGCUAAUGCGACGCGACCGUGGACGCCGGCGUCCGAUAGUCGGCUGGGACCGAGCGUCGAAGCAAGGCGAAGAGAAAUUUGCCGAAGCGCAAGGCACUAUGCUCACUAUCCUCGACAGUUUUGCACCACCUCAACAGAAUACAUCAGCCAAAACCCUAUAAACUCAUCGUCCGCAUCACAUUCUCGACGUUUGCCUCGCAUCGAUUUACCAAAAUUCAACGGCGAAUAUUCGCAGUGGAAUCAUUUCCGAGAUCUCUUUGCUUCUAUGAUCAACGCGAAUACCGAUCUCUCUGCUGUCGAAAAGCUUCAUUAUUUAAAGAUGAGCCUAUCGGAUGAACCGGGACUCGAGUCACACUUUAGUUGGAAGUGCAAACGGCUUCUCUGCGAACUUGAACUGGAAGCAAUCGGAGCCCUCGCUACAUUGGGCUGCCCGUUUCAUCACUGGGACAAGAGAUUGAUCUUUAUGACAGUGCGCAAACUAGAUGUCGAAUCUGUUCCCCAGGAGGGGAAAAAUCACUCGGAGCCACCUCGCAACCACCAUCGUUCGCCGACUUCGAGAAAUUUCUUCUGGUCGUAUUCUCACUCUCGAAGCCUUCGAACGAACAACGAAUUCUCGGAAACAAAACGCAAGUGCACCUCGAUCUCCAGCUCACGCUCGGGCAUAUACCGCUACUUAAAACCCUGUCGUCUCUGCCACAAGCAACAUCACUCCACGUUACAUUAUCAAGCCGGCAACGCAACAUGGUGCAUCAUACGUGCACACUCAGACUCGCUCGACGCCUGUCGUCAAGACAAUCACAUCGUCUCCGCCGGAAUUCAUACUGCAGGUAUUCCGCCACACGAAUCUGUUGCUCCUCUACGGAAUACCGAGCAAAUCUCAAACUCCGUGACAUCAAGUCACGUCGCUCAAUCGCGGAUAAUCCGUCGCACUCCGGUUCUAUUAGCCACAGCUCUCGUAAACGUAGUGUCAUCAACCGGAGAUAUCUAUCAAGUGCGCGCUCUUAUCGAUCAAGGAUCGGAAGUCUCGUUUGUCUCGGAAUCGGUCGCCCAAUUAUUAAAACUCUCGCGUCAAGCGGCGGCUAUUCCGAUUCUCGGCAUCGGAGCUCAUCGCUCGAGUAUAUCAAACGGACUCGUCUGUCUCAAAGUGAUAUCUCAAGUGCAUAAAGACAGUUCUCUCGAAGUCGAUGCUCUCGUACUGCCGAAAUUAACGUCCUAUCUGCCUCCCGCGCGUGUCGAAUAUACUCAGUGGCCGCACAUACAAGGUCUCGAGCUCGCGGAUCCAAACUUCGCCACGCCCGAAAAAAUCGAUCUUAUACUAAGUGUAACGGUGCACGCUCAAAUACUCAAAGACGGUAUUCGUCGAGGAAAUAUCGGCGAACCCAUCGCUCAAGAAACGACUCUCGGAUGGGUGCUAUCAGGGCCUCUCUCAAAUGAUAAUUCGAAGACCAACGCCAUGGAAAACAACCAAGUCAUCGGUCUUCAGUGCUCUCUCGACUCUGAGCUCCUGGAGCUCCUUCAACGCUUCUGGACACAAGAAGAAACCGCGCCUGCCUCUCAAAUCUCAAUGUCUCCAGAAGAAUCUCAGUGCGAAGAACAUUUCAACAUGACUCAUUCUCGCGACGUCAACGGACGAUUUGUUGUACGCUUGCCGCUCAAGAAAAGUGUUAGUGAUUUUGGUGACUCUCGCUCUAUCGCACUCAAGGCGUUGUAUCGCAUGGAAAAACGAUUCGAAUCGAAUCCAUCGCUCAAAAUCCAGUAUAUCGACUUUUUACGUGAGUAUCGUUCUCUCGAUCACAUGCGUCCCGUCGCAUCAAACCGCGCCCAAUCUCGCGAGUUUUUUCUACCGCAUCACGGUGUUACGCGUGAAACUAGCACGACAACAAAACUGCGCGUCGUGUUUAACGGAUCGCAAAAAACAAAUCUCGGCUUGUCGUUAAAUGAGUAUCUCCUUGUCGGGCCGAAACUACAAACGGAUCUCGCGGACAUCCUCAUGCGGUGGCGACGGCAUCGAUACGUGUUCGCGGCCGAUAUCGAAAAAAUGUAUCGGCAGAUUCGCGUGCACGAGGAUGAUUGGCCGUUGCAGAAAAUUCUUUGGCGGGACUCUCUCGACGAAAGGCCUCAAGAAUAUGCAUUGUGCACCGUAACGUACGGCCUCGCGUGUGCUCCAUAUCUCGCGCUACGCUGUUUACGGCAACUCGCUCUUGAUCACGAUUCGACUCGCCCUCACGCUGCCGAAACUCUUUGUCGCGACACAUACGUCGAUGAUAUUCUCUCCGGCGACGAAAGCAUCUGUCAGGCGAAAGAAAAAAUCUCGCAACUAAGAACCACUCUCACGGCGGGCGGCUUUACGCUCCGAAAAUGGAUCGCUAACGACUCAAAUCUGCUCGACGAUAUCCCUGCCUGCGAUCGCGAAACAUCUCCUACGCUCUCGGUCAACGACAGUGCGAUACAUAACACUCUCGGUGUGCGUUGGGAACGCCAAUCAGACAGUUUCGUGUUUUCUCCGCCGUCGCUCACGAUCUCGAAAAAUCGCGUUACAAAACGCUCAGUGCUAUCGCUUAUCGCACGCAUGUUUGAUCCACUCGGAUGGAUCACGCCUAUCACAGUUACCGCAAAGCUGUUCAUGCAAGAAUUGUGGGCCAUACGUCUCGACUGGGACGACGAACUCCCGGAAGAUUUAAAGUCACGAUGGACAAGCUACAUCGCUCAACUCACAUGCAUCUCUCGUCUCGCUAUCUCGCGUUGGUUUGGAACAAGUGCUUCGAAUCUCGCCGUGGAAGUGCACGGUUUCGCGGACGCAUCUCAAAGUGCACUCGCCGCGGUCGUUUAUCUCCGCGUUCUCAGUGACGUCGACGACGCUCAAAUAAAACUCAUUUGCUCAAAGACUAAAGUUGCCCCUCUCAAACGAAUGACUAUACCGCGUCUCGAACUCUCAGCCGCAGUGCUGCUCGUGCGUCAAGUUCUCAAAAUUCGCGAAGUGCUUGAACUACCAACCGCGCCAACCCACCUCUGGACCGAUUCGACGGUCGCUCUUACGUGGAUCAAAAGUCAUCCAUCCCGGUGGAAAGACUUCGUACGGAACCGUGUCUCCUUUAUUCAAGAGCUCUCAAAUUCUAGAUGGCAUCACGUCUCCGGGAAGGAGAAUCCCGCUGAUCUAGCAUCACGAGGCGUGACUCCUCAACGUCUUCAACAAAACGAACUCUGGUGGACCGGUCCUCGUUGGUUACAUACGCAUUCGACAUCUUGGCCGUCUUCAAUUCCGAUUCUCGAGUCUACGGACAACCUCGAAGAACGGCCUCCGCAGUGUACAACUGCAGUGGAAAAUCAUGAACAUAAACUUUCGAUGCUCGAUCGAUACUCAUCACUGACGACCCUCAUCAGAACUACCGCCUGGGUCCAGCGUGCUCUUCAACUCUUUCGGAAAUCGGUCGCAUCACGCUCAUCUCACGAGCCUCUCACAGUCGAAGAGUUAGAAUCAGCGCUACUGCUGUGGGUUAAACUCACGCAGCAACUUUACUUCUCAUCCGAAAUCAAAACCUUGAAGAGCCAACGAUCACUCUCAACCUCGAGCUCUCUCUAUCGUCUAACGCCAUUCCUCGACAGCGAAGGACUUUUGCGUUUACGCGGACGGUUAUUCCGGUCACAACUAGAUCCAGAAGAAAAACAUCCUCUGAUCUUACCUCGAAAAUGUCGAUUAUCCCUUCUCGUGAUGGAUCAUCAUCAUCGAAAGACUCUCCACGGCGGACCGCAGUUAACCUUAUCAUCGAUUCGUCAAAGAUUUUGGAUUAUCGGCGGUCGCGUUCCUAUCAGAGCAUUCAUCCACAAGUGCGUGAUUUGUGCUCGUCAUCGUGCUACUACUGGUCAACAAGCUGUAGGACAGCUUCCAGCAUCACGAGUCGUUCCGCGCCGACCGUUCUUCAACUCUGGCGUCGAUUAUGCCGGGCCACUGACUCUCAAAACUUUUCGCGGACGAGGCUGCAGAACGUACAAGGGAUAUUUCAUCAUUUUCGUUUGUUUCAGUACGUCUGCGAUACAUCUGGAAGUCGCGACUGACUAUUCUACGGACGGCUUUCUGGCGGCGUUCAGGCGAUUUACCGGACGGCGAGGCAUAUGCUCUACCCUGACUAGUGAUUGUGGCACGAAUUUGAUCGGUGCCGACGCAGAACUCAAACGGAUGUUCACGGCAUCUUCUCGCGAGUGGGCUCACAUCGCUAACAUUCUCGCAAAUGACGGAGUGAAGUGGAGUUUUAAUCCACCCUCCGCCCCCCAUUUUGGAGGAAAAUGGGAAGCUGGGGUGAAAUCCGUCAAAUUUCACUUGCGGCGAGUUCUCGGCGACGCUCGCCUCACCUAUGAAGAACUGACAACGCUCUUAGUGCAAAUCGAGGCGAUUCUGAACUCUCGCCCGCUCACUGCACUCUCAGAUGAUCCGUCGGACUCUACCGCUCUCACGCCUGGGCACUUUCUCGUCGGGUCCACUCUUGCUACCGUGCCGGAACCUUCGCUUCAAGAGGUACCUCAAAACCGGUUGUCACGUUGGCAACUAUUGCAAUGUAUGAAGGAAUCAUUCUGGCAACGAUGGUCGUCAGAAUAUUUACAGCAGCUACAGACUACCUCGAAACAAUAUCGACCUUAA